GUGACGACACUAAAAGCGGACCUAACUUAAUUUUUUUUUUUUUACUGUUUCUGUUUCCACUGUCCGGUGUAGCAGCACAAGACGCGAGUGGCUGUAACGUGAAUUGACUUUGACUGAGCAGCAGUCGCUUUUCAUGUGGUUUGCGCGAAAAGAAACACGGAAGGGAAACUUGAAGAUUAUUUGUUUCUUGGGUGGCAGUUCUCGUUGUCUUGUUACGUUUGUUCUGAAAAAAAAAUAUAUAUCCAAGGCUUGUACGCGCAGAAUUGUUCAUACAUGUGUUCGCUAGCUUGCGAAAGCAGGUAACCGUGAUUUGUGUUGCGAAAACAAACGUGAGACCCGUGAAUACGCCAGCUUGACAUCAUUGUGUAAAGACAGCUCAUAAAGCUAUAGCUUUUAUACGUUUAUGUACCGGUGUUUCAGCGCCUGUCCGCAUCGCAUUUUUUAGUUAGCAAGCAAGUUGGAUGGGGGUAAUUAUUUCACUUCAGUGACAUUCAACAACGUUAUGCAAACUCUGGUAUGUCAGUGAGUAGCCUAUGGGAAAAUGCAUUGCGUUAGAGUAAAGUCGGGCAUGCCCUGCUAGCUGUCUUAGCAGUCAGCCAAGUUUGACAUUGGUGAGGCACUCUAAAAUGACAGACGUAGCCGGAUUAGUGAGAUAGAUUCGCUUGCAUGUUGGACAAAAUGCCCACCCUGGGAUUUUACUGUUGAGUAAAUAGCUAGCUAGUCACGGAUCAUUAAUAGACAAGACUUGGUAGCUAGAUUACCAAGUUGACUCACGAGCUCGCGUCUGUCACCCGCAACUAAUAAUUCAUUUUGAGCUGUUGCGUGUAUAGCUAGCUAGUUUGUACUGGACGACAGAACGGGCAAACAGGUGACACCUUGUCAUAGAUUCGGGAGGCUGCAAUCUCUGGAUCGGACUUCAGAUGCUGUCUGUGUCGCCGGGUGGGGCCGUCACUGUGGAUCAGACACGGUGAAAAGACAUAUUGCAAUAUCUUUUGUCGAAAGCUAACGUUAUACGGAUUGCAAGCUUGAUAGCGCACCGUUCGGCGAAAUGGCCAAACCCGAAUCGAAGAAAAGCGGCGUGGUCUUCGGGACCAGCCGGUCUGCCGCAGCGGAAGAGCAGGUCAACAACGGGUCACUCGACUUGUCUUCAACCGGGGGGUCCCACGAUCCGGCACCGGCAGCACCCACAAGCGCAACCAAACCAAAAUCUGGGAAACAGGGAUCACGAGAGAACGGUUCGCGACGUACGACGGAGUCUGAAGUAUUUGAUGACGGAACCAUCACCUUCUUCUGGAGAGCCCACACGCUGACCGUGCUGUUCAGCCUGACCUGCGCCCUGGUGUACGUCACCCUGCUGGAGGAGACGCCCCAGGACACCGCCUACAACACCAAGAGAGGGAUCGUGGCCAGCAUCUUGGUGUUCCUCUGCUUUGGGGUGACGCAAGCGAAAGAUGGUCCCUUUACCAGACCACAUCCAGCAUACUGGCGUUUCUGGCUAUGUGUCACUGUCGUCUACGAGCUCUUCCUCAUCUUCAUCCUGUUCCAGACUGUCCACGAUGGGCGGCAGUUCAUGAAGUACAUCGACCCCAAACUGGGCGUGGCCCUGCCGGAGCGUGGCUAUGGGGGCAACUGCCUCAUAUACGACCCGGCGAACACCACUGACCCCUUCCACAACCUCUGGGACAAGAUGGAUGGAUUUGUGCCCGCCCAUUUUCUGGGCUGGUAUAUCAAGACUCUGAUGAUCAGAGACUGGUGGAUGUGUAUGAUCAUCAGUGUGAUGUUUGAGUUCCUGGAGUACAGUCUGGAGCAUCAGCUGCCCAACUUCUCAGAGUGCUGGUGGGACCACUGGAUCAUGGAUGUGUUGGUGUGUAAUGGUAUGGGGAUCUACUGCGGGAUGAAGACCCUGGGUUGGCUGUCCAUGAAGCCCUAUCAGUGGCAGGGCUUGUGGAACAUCCCCACCUACAAGGGGAAGAUCAAGCGAAUCGCCUUCCAGUUCACGCCCUACAGCUGGGUGAAGUUCGAGUGGAAGCCGGCCUCCAACCUGCGCCGGUGGCUGGCCGUCCUGGGCAUCAUCUUCAUGAUUUCUCCCAUAGCAUCUGUGGCGGAGCUGAACACGUUCUACCUGAAGUUCGUGCUGUGGAUGCCUCCGGAACACUACCUGGUGCUGCUGCGCCUCGUCUUCUUCGUCAACGUGGGCGGCGUCGCCAUGCGGGAGAUCUACGACUUCAUGGACGACCCUAAGUUUCAUAAGAAGCUGGGGCAGCAGGCUUGGCUGGUGGCGGCCAUCACAGUGACGGAGUUCCUCAUCGUGGUGAAGUACGAUCCCCACACCAUCAUGCUGCCCAUCCCCUUCUUCGUCAUGCAGUGCUGGGUCCUGGGCAUCGUCCUCAUCCUCACCUGGACGCUGUGGCGUUUUUUCAUCCGGGACAUCACCAUGCGCUACAAGGAGACGCAGCGCCGCCGGCAGGAGGGGGCGGGGGACCGGGACCGCGGCAACGGCGGUGGCAACGGCGGCUCGGCCACCACAGGACGCAGCAAACUGAACGGCAGCUCCGAGUCACUCAAGCACAGGAAGUCCUGAGCGACCCUGCCUGGGGGGCCCGGGGGCCUGGGGG